AGGAUAGAUGUGCCUCUACCCUCUCUUCCACCUUUUCUUGCUCCUCACGUUAUCCUCUCGCCUCCACCGACUUCACAGAAUGCAAUUUUGACCUCUUCUUCUCAAGGGGUCUCUCCUCUUCUCGUUGAGGAGUCCACUGGUUAUGUGGGGGUCUCCUUCUCCCCUUCAUCAGUAGAUGUCACUGGAGCUCUGGAGUCCAUUGCUCCUUUCUUGCGAGAGUCUUCCUCUUCCUGGUUUGUCUAG